AUGCAUUUAGACAAUUUUUUGGGUGCUUUGACUUACACCUUCGGAGGUCAGACAAAUCCAUGUUAUCUGGUCGAUGCGAAUUUCUGGGAGGAGGAGGCCAGGCGAGCCCAUGUCAACACCAGGGCAUUGGUAUUUCAAAAACUCCUUGUUUCUCGGCGUGUUGUGUCUUUCGGCGAGCGUCAGGUGUUUUGGAGUUGCCGGUCAGGUCGUGCGGCGGAGAUAUGGCCCCCGGAUAUUCCUGUCAAGGAUCCCUACGAAGGUCCGCGUAUCGAGGAUCUUCAGCUUGACGACAACGAGGCCCGCGGAAAGACGAAAAGCACACGAAAAGCAUACGAUUGCUGGUGCAAAAUCGUAGUCACAUACACUAGCUGCAAGAUCACGUUCCCCAGCGACAGAAUGAUUGCUCUCUCUGCAAUAGUUAAGGAGAUGAUGAAGAAUCGGAGCUCCUUUGAAGAGUGCUUACUGUGUCUACUCCUUCUGGCUCACCGCCUAUCGCCUAUAGGGCUCCCACUCAUCAAGGUUGAGGAUUACCAAAUUGAGUACGUAACUGACGAAAAGACCGGCCUAACCUCUGUCUGGAACAUAGUAGUCAACGGGCUAAAUCCUAGAGAGGAAAAACGCGAGAACCACGUCAAGUUGGAUAUGUUCCUUGACAAAUUUGACGAGCAGAACGACAACUCAAUACUGUACUGCAUGCCCUGCUAA